UUGCCCUACGGCAGGGAAGAGAGACCGUGGGGGGAGAGCACCCUUGGAAAUGAAAAGGGGGAUUUAGGGGUCGGUGAAGGAGACUGAUACGAUGUCUGUCUCUGCCCCUUGUUUUUCCAUUGUAAUAAUACUACAAUCAUAAAUCCCAAAUCCACGGUGUCAUCAACGCCAUAUCCAAUUCCCAAAUCCCAGCUAGAUAACAUCCCCACCCGCCGACUUAAACAACUAAACCCUCAUUUUCCUUCACCCACAGCAACAUUCAGACAAACUAUACAUACAUACAUAUAUAUAUAUAUCUGUAGAGAGAGAAAAUUUCUGUAGAGAGAGAAAGAGGAAGAGGAUGCGAUCCUCGUGGUGGUGGGGGUUGUCAUCCAAUGCGGCGGAAUCAGCCCAGAAAGGUCGUUAAUGGCCUUGCAAAUGACUUGGCAGCCGAGUCUCCUCCACAAACGCAAGAAUGGUCCUCCCUUAGGGUUGAAGAACCUCGGCAACACUUGCUAUCUCAACAGCGUCCUUCAGUGCUUAACCUACACCCCUCCCCUCGCCAAUUUCUGCCUCAAGAAUCAACACUCCUCCUUCUGCGAUUCGGUAACCGAAUCAGACCGAAAGCGAGAUUGUCCUUUUUGUAUAUUAGAGAAGAGAAUUGCACGCUCUUUAACCAUUGAUGUAUCCUUAGACACACCUUCUAAGAUCAAUAGUUGUCUCAGAAUUUUUGCCGAGCACUUCCGCUUUGGCCGGCAAGAGGACGCACACGAGUUUCUUCGGUAUGUUAUUGAUGCUUGCCACAACACCUGUCUUCGCCUCAAGAAGUUGCAGCAGCAGCGCCGGAAGGUCGCCAAUGGCAGCGGUGGUGGUGGUGAGGGUCUCAGUGGCAGUACGGUGGUCAAGGAGAUCUUCGGUGGUGCUCUGCAGAGCCAGGUGAAGUGUCUUUCGUGUGGUUCGGAGUCGAAUAAGGUCGAUGAGAUCAUGGAUAUAAGCCUUGAUGUUGUGCAUAGCAGUUCUCUGAAAGAGUCUUUGCACAAGUUUUUCCAACCUGAGGUUUUGGAUGGCAACAAUAAAUACAAGUGUGAAAAUUGUAAGAAAUUGGUGACAGCAAGGAAGCAAAUGUCUAUACUUCAAGCACCUAAUGUCCUUGUAAUCCAGCUAAAGAGGUUUGAUGGCAUAUAUGGUGGAAAGAUUGAUAAGGCCAUUGCAUUUGAGGAAGUUUUGGUGCUUUCAAGCUACAUUUGCAAAGCGAGCCAGGAUCCACAUCCAGAGUAUAACCUUUUUGGGACAAUUGUGCAUUCAGGCUACUCACCGGAUUCUGGACACUAUUAUGCAUACAUAAAGGAUGCGAUGUCCCGUUGGUAUUGCUGCAAUGAUUCUUGUGUUUCACUUUCAACCAUACAGGAUGUUUUGUCAGAGAAGGUUUAUAUCCUUUUCUUCUCUCGUACUAAACAGAGGCCAACAGCAACCAGCACAGUGUUGGCUUCCAAUGGAGUGAAAUACCAAGAACGCAAUGGCUCUGAUACAGCUAAAAUCCAGAAGGCUGCCAAUCCGAGUAAAGCAAUGCAUUUGAAGAUAAUUGCUGAUAAUUCUUCUGAAAAUGAUAGUUUUAUCAAAUCUAAGGUUGGUAAAGUGCCCUCUAAUCAGCAGAAGAAGUUAAGUAGCUUGGGAAACUCUGGUACCAUAAAAUUUCCUGCAACUAUAAAUGUAAAAGUUAAUAAAAUUCAGCCCAACGAGAAGAAUGGGGAUGUUAAAGCUUCAAUUUGUACAGAGGAGAAGAUUGAGAAGAAAAUGCCAUCAUUAAUAAACGGUAAUGGUGUGAGCAAAAAUAAAACAGUUGAUGCCGUUGAUGGUGAGAGCAGCCAAGCAUUUCCUCUGGCAAAGGAGAAAGCUUCAAUUUGUACAGAGGAGAAGAUGGAGAAGAAAAUGCCAUCAUUAAUAAAUGGUAAUGGUGUGAGCAAAAAUAAAACAAUUGAUGCAGUUGAUGGUGAGAGCAGCCAAGCAUUUCCUCUGGCAAAUGGGAAUGGUAAAAUCCAGAGUAUCCGUUUUAAUUCUGUGAGGGCAGAUUUGUGCAACGGUAAUCAUGCAAGAAACAGUUUGACAACAGAAAAGGGUCCCAGUUACCAUGAUUUACAGAAUGGUGGUGUUAAAUGUCCUGCUGAUAUCUCAGGCUCCAAGAGAAAAUUACAGGAUGAGAACCCAUGCAUUUUGCUUGCCAAUGAUGCUCAUUCUCAGGCAAAACUCGAAGAAUUAAAAGAAGUUCUCAGGACAGAAGCUUCUUUAGUUCUGCGGUCAUGUGGUUGGUCAGAUAAAGUUUCUCGUUACAUGCAUUCUAGAAAGAAUGUUUAUGCAGAAGAAGCAGGCAAUGCAGCAUCAGAUGGCAAUGAAUCUAAGAGGAGGUUGAUUACAGAUUCUAAGCAAAAUUUCAUCUCCCAAAUUCCCGAGUCGUUAAAGGAGAACCUUAUUGAACGUCUCAGAUCAUUUAGCCAAGAAAAACAAUGUUCAGGUCCCUAAGCGCAACUAAGCAUGUCUCAUGACAUUUGUUGCUGGCGCGGCUUCGUGUAAUAUCUGUAAGACUGGUAAAUGUUUGGUGAUGGUCAUACCUUCUUGUGACAAAAUUGGGAAUAUGUUAUACUCUAUAUCUCUACGCAAAUGCUGGGAAGGAUGGGGAUUGUAAUCGCAUCUGUUAUCGCAUCAAUUUAAGCCUGUGCAAAUGGCAAUAUUUUAUACUUGUAGGUGCUCAAACAGUCACCAAAUGGCGAAGUUUGGAGCUUGCCAAAAAUUCUCACUUUGAGGCUGUGCAGUUGGUUUUGGCAGAGAACAAAUCUAGAAUUCUAUUCAUUUUGUAUUAUAUCAGUUUUGACAAUAACUUUAGUAUAAAAUCCUCAUUUUAUGGACGCCUUUCAAUUUUUCCAUCAAAAUGUGGUCGGAUGUUACUCUUGGAUAUAUGUAUGCUAUCAGCAAGAUUUUUCAUAAAACAUGACGUAGUCAACCCUUAUCUUUCU